AUGAAGAUCGAGGCAUACGCGAUGGCGAGUACGGCGGCACACUGUGUCGAGUGCUACGCCAGUAACAGUGGCCUCGCCUGUCCCCGAUAUCCAGAAGUUACCGAUGUGCCCCCUCAAGAGGAAACGGAUCGCGUACGGUAUUUCCAUUUUAGGCGGCGCCGCAGGUCACCUGACCGAGACGCGACGCGAACUGACGCGAAGUUCAAGCUCAGCAACUGGACCUUUCUCCUUUCGCCCCAUUCCGCGCGGAUAAACACACCGUUCGUUCUUAAGUCCAACCGCUAUGCAUAUCUCCUCUCCUCAGACGUUGUCUUCCAACCUCGACGAGCCUCACGGUCUUUACCUCCGACGCCACUCGCGCUCGACCUACACUCGUUCUACCACAUCACUACGAAGACGAUGUCUCUCUCUGCCGCCUUAACGUCUUUUGGCCUCCGUGCCAAGACCUUAUUUAAGACCGUCUGCUGCCUCGUGUCUCCGAUGGACGACGUCGAGGAGCAAGACCAGGUUGAAGGCCCCAUCGCCCCUACGUCUGUCAUCACGACUCAAACCUACUGCCCGCCCGUCAUGGCGGAGCACGUGUCCCUCAGGGCAACGGUCAAGGCCGCCGUCGAGGCGCGUCCUACUGCCCGUAAGCUGCCCAUCAUCGAGGAAGAGAAAGUGUCCUCGACGAGUCCUGUCAUUGUAAAGGAGGAGAAGGUCAAAGUGGCCACCCAGUCCAUCGUAGCUCAGGUACAACCUGAGAUCGCCGGCGCCCGCUACGGCGGGCCCUUUUACCAAGAUGUUACCGGUGAAAGAUAUAACGUCGAUGAGGAGGUCAAGAGGGCGUUGAAGCAUCUCUCCCUCGCACUCGAACAGCUCAAUAUAACGAACGGAUCAACUGAAUCCGAAGAGGCCCGUACCGCGAGGCCCUCGCUCAUGCAAGACUCCGACCUCGAACGCCUCGAGGAGGGGUACUACAGCCGCCUGUCGGAGGACAUAUCCACCGAUUCUUCCGCCAUCGGCAUCAUCGACUACGACGACCGGAGCUCUACCUCCAGCCCUCCCACGGCUUCGCCACACGACAUGAUCUCCAAGCGUCCCUGGUCUAUUCCGAUAGAAGCGACCUUCCUUGAAAUGGACUCGGAUGACGAAGACUUUACCGAGGACGUUGAGAUCCUCCAAGACAUCUACGCCCCGCUCGCCGAUAAGCCAUUUGACCCUAGCGAAGGCAUCCCCUCCAUCGAAGUUCUAUACAGCACAGCCCGGCCCGCUCCCCUAUUCAGGGCAUAUGAGCAGUCCGAGAUCUUCGCUCCCGCAUCUCGGGCGUACACUACGAUCGCCCCUCAGUCAGCGAAGCCCACCGCGAACAUCCCGCGCAUGUGGCGCGGCUCCCUUCCUCCCGCUCCUCGCUCCCCGACCGAGCCUACACCAAAGCACGCCCGCGUCUCCCCAAAGCCGUCCCGCACAUCGCAACCCCAGCCAGGGCCCCCACCUCGCCCAAAGCGCCAAGACGCGCGCAAGGGCCAACUGCAGAACAAGCACGCGGCUCGCCAGCCUGGCACCUCGAACGCCCGCGAGUCCAUCUCCGACAACCCCACCGCCAGCUCCUCCCUUUCCUUCAAAGAGAACGUCUCUAGCUCCUCCCAUCGUCGCUCGUCCAAGCCCCGGCCGCGGCAAUCCUCGACUCCCGCCGCUACCCGGGAAAACCGGCGCCAACCGUCCUCGUCGAACUCGAACCCGCAUCCGUCUCUCAUGAAGGCUCCAAGCCACUCCGCGCCACGCAAGUCGCCCCGUUCGAGAAGCGGCGCCCCAAAGAUAUUUAGGUCCUGA